AUGACUGAGAACACAUUUCAUACUGCUGUCUCAGGCUAUGGCGAGCGCGCUGCACCGAAGCCUUACGUUCUGCAAGAAACGGAUGACUACGCCAAACUCCUCCAAUCUAAGGAACUUUGGCCGGUUGAUGUCUCUGUGGAACAAGACUGGUCCGGACGAGGUCAACACGUUGAAUUCGAAGAUACGGAGCAGGCACGCGACGAGAUCAACAGAAUCCUGAAGUUCCAAAGAUCGCUUGGGACUCAGAGCACCGCAACCGUACAGAGUGUCAAAUGUAGACGAGUCCUUCUAGCUCGCAAGUCUAUCAUUUGUAGCAAGCGCCACAUCACGCGAUCUGAAGCUAUCGAUGAGGUUGUACACCUUACUCAGCUACGCCAUGCGCAUAUCCUGCGAGUCAUUGGGACGUACGUUAUAGGCAAGGAACUGUCAAUUCUGCUGUAUCCAGUCGCCGAGUACAACCUCGAAUCGUUCCUGGAUAUAUUGCAUGAGCAUGUCAAACAGACUGGUACAGCUGAAGCAUACAGCGAGUCUCAUAUCUUCGAUAUGAUGACAGCAUGUCGUCAAUUUCCCUUGUGCUUGGCCAAUGGUAUUGCAUAUAUGCAUUCGAAGUUUACCAAGCAUAUGGACAUCAAACCCCAGAACCUGCUGAUUAAGUUGCACCCGCAGCAUGCCGAUACCUACAGAAUCUAUGUUGCGGACUUCGGAAUCUCGCGUUCGUACCGGGACCUUGACGCAAGCAACACUGAUGGCCCUACUUCGUUUACCUUCAAGUAUGCUGCGCCUGAGGUGGUCGCGCAAGAAGAGCGAGGGCUGGCUGCCGAUAUAUUUUCUCUUGGGUGCGUGUACUACGAGAUCUUGGAAGCUUUACUUUCUGUGACUGGAAUCAACCACAGAAGCUUCCAGCUUCAACCUGACACUGGAAGUGUGUCGUAUCAAUCGAACAUAGAGUUACUCCAUGGAUAUCUUGCCAGCAUGAGCUCAUGGCUAGAUGACUUUCCCAUAUCGGGGGUCCUCCCGCACAUAACCGAUACCGAACUUCUAGAGGUUUUACGUCAAAUGCUGCAUUGGGACCCUACAAAACGACCCUCUGCCGCAAAGAUUAGCUCAGUUUUGUCCUCAAUUUGGCCAUUAGGUCCUGACUCAUGCUGUUCCGAAGGCCAGGUUCAGCUCGAAGCACACGUCAGCGGCUGGAGCCUUUACGGCCCGAAAAUGUUCACCGACCUCGAAGCUGAAGAUUAG